AUCUGAGAUGACCAUGUAUCUAUCUUUUUUUUUCUCUUCCUGAAAACUGAGCUCUCUUUUUCUUUUUCGCUCUCUCUCUCUCUCUCGCUCUGUUUGUGAAGAAAAAUAUAUAAAUAAAACCCAGUGGCUUGAGAAAUCCCUCUUCCUGAAGAUCUACUUUUGUUAAUACCCAAACUUAGAUAGAGAUUGCAGAGAAAAGGAUAGCAGAUAAGCUCCUUCUCUCCCACUUUUUACCGUAAGGUUUUGACUUUGUAGGUGCUUUCUUUGGAGGAAUUUGUUUGGAUUAUUUGUUGUUCUACUCAGGGACUGGAGCUGAGUGUAUCUGCCCUUUGAUACUGAUUCAAGUUAUUGGUAAAAGUCCUGCGAGAGUUGGAAUAAUCGCCAGCCCCUAUAUGGUUGUGGCUGAGGCUGCAAUUUUGAUUCUGUCAUCAGUUGCGGUGGCACUGAUUCUUGGAAAGUGCAUUUUAGAUGCUCGCUAGUCCUGCUGUGCCGGGGCUUUUGUUUAAUGUACAUUCGUUUGAUAGCAAGUCUUGCAGAAAAUGGUCUCGACUGUUUGCUUUUUACUGCAAAAUUAUGUUUAAUCAAAUAACUUGCUAAUAUCUAGCUGAAUAUCUUAUGAUGGGUAGCUUCUUUCUUACGAGAUUCAGUCAUUGUGAACAACCAUGUAAUUGUAGUGCUUCUUGAGCAUUGGAGGUUCUGUGCUAUUCUGAAGAGGGAAUUUGAAGCGUUACUGCACUGUAACUUGCAUAUAGUCUGAAUUUCUGGUUGACAAAAUGGAAGCUGAGGGAGGAAAUGCUAACCACCAACGAGGUGCCCUUCAUCAGAUGUUCCCUGUUCUUUUACCUGUUCUUCUAAUAUCAAUUGGAUAUGUUGACCCUGGGAAGUGGGUUGCCACCGUUGAAGGAGGUGCACGGUUUGGUUUUGACCUGGUAGUUCCCAUGCUUCUUUUUAAUUGUGCUGCCAUUUUGUGUCAAUAUCUGUCAGCUAGAAUUGGUGUGGUGACUGGGCGUGGUCUUGCUCAGAUUUGCAGCGAAGAGUAUGACAAGUCCACUCGUUUAUUCCUUGGAGUUCAAGCAGAGCUUUCUGUGGUUGCGUUGGACCUUACCAUGGUCCUGGGUGUCGCACAUGGGAUUAAUCUUCUCUUUGGGGUGGAUCUCUCCACUGGUGUUUUUCUAGCUGCUCUUGAUGCUGUUUUAUUCCCAGUUUUUGCCUCCACCUUGGAUCACUGCAGGGCAAGUUUCCUAUGCAUCUAUGCAGCAGGUUUCAUAUUACUUUCUUAUGUUUUUGGAGUGCUCCUCAGUCAACCAGAAAUUUCUAUUUCCAUGCUUGGGAUGCCAACAAAGUUGAGUGGGGAGAGUGCAUUUGCCCUGAUGAGUCUUCUUGGAGCAAGCAUCAUGCCUCACAAUUUUUAUCUACAUUCUUCUAUUGUUCAGGAGCAUCUGGGACCACCAAAUACUUCUAAGAGUGCCUUAUGUCACAACCAUCUUUUUGCCAUCUUAGGCGUCUUUGGUGGAAUUUAUCUAGUAAAUUAUGUGCUGAUGAAUUCAGCUGCAAAUGUGUUCUACAAUGCUGGCCUUGUCUUGGUUACUUUUCAUGAUGCAAUGGAGCAGGUAUUCAGGAAUGGUAUACUGCCCCUAGUCUUUUUGUUGGUUAUGUUCUUAUCUAAUCAACUUACUGCAUCAACCUGGAAUCUUGGCGGGCAAGUUGUCUUGCAUAAUUUCCUUGGGCUUGACAUACCGGGUUGGCUUCAUCGUGCAACAAUCAAAAUUGUAGCAAUUGUUCCUGCUCUUUAUUGUGUGUGGACUUCUGGACCUGAGGGGGUAUACCAGAUGUUUAUCCUUGCGCAGGUGAUGGUAGCCCUUCUGUUGCCAUCUUCAGUGAUCCCCCUUUUUCGGGUUGCCUCAUCAAGAUCAAUUAUGGGUGUUUACAAAGUUUCUCCAAUUCUGGAGUUCCUAUCACUGGUAACAUUCAUGGGAAUUCUGGGUUUAAAGAUAAUCUUUGUGGUAGAAAUGAUAUUUGGGAGUAGUGAUUGGGCUGGGAAUUUGAGAUUAAAUGCUGGGAUUAGCAUGUCUGUUCCUUUUGUUGUGCUUCUGGCUACUGCUUUUGCAUCGUUUUCUUUGAUGAUUUGGCUGGCAGCUACUCCUUUAAAAUCUGCCAGUUCUGAAAGUAAAGCUCAUGCAUGGAAAUGGGAUAUGAACAGAACUGUUUCUGAGACAGCUUUAGAGAGAGAGGGAAAUGAGUUAAGUGAAACUAGAUAUUGUGGAGAGGAACCUGCUCAUAUACUGGAAAGAUCAUUAGCACCAGAAAACUCCAUUGAAAGUCAUUCAGAUUUAUCUUUUCCAAAUUAUAGUCUGGAUUUGCCUGAGACAAUCAUGGAGUCUGAGCAGGAAAUACGUCUGACAACUGUUAAUGCGAACUCUUCUAGUGGUGAAUAUCCUAGCCCCCCAUUCUGUGGCACUGAGGAACCAGCAUCCAUACCUGAGUUAGCUUCUGCUGUAGUUGAUGAGGUAACAGAUGAUGUGCCGGGCACAAAGACUCUGAAGAUUGAAUCAAUGAACUCUCUGGAGAAAACAGUGAGUUUUGAGGGAGAUCUGCAUAUCGAAAAAGAUGAUGAUGGAGAUUCUUGGGAGCCUGAAGAGCCAUCCAAACCUCCUGGAAGUAUUUCCUCUUUGGCACCGGAUGGACCUCCUUCAUUCAGGAGCCUCAGCGGGAAAAGUGAUGAUGGUGGCAAUGGUACUGGAAGUCUCUCUAGAUUGGCAGGAUUAGGUCGUGCCGCAAGGCGUCAAUUAGCUGCCAUUCUUGAUGAAUUUUGGGGCCAAUUGUAUGAUUUUCAUGGGCAACCUACCCAAGAAGCAAAGGUGAAGAAAUUAGAUGUACUAUUGGGUGUUGAUUCAAAACCAUUAAAAGUAGAUACAACUGGGAAGGAGUAUGGUGGGUAUUUCCCUUCGGUGGGAGGAAGAGGAUCUGAUGCACUUAAUGGUUCAAGCCUGUAUGACUCUCCAAAGCAUUUGAAGAUGCAAAAUAGUAUUGAUUUAUCACGUGGGUAUCCUAGAGGAUCAUCAUUGUGGUCAAACCAGACGCAACAAUUAGAUGCUUAUGCUCAAAAUUCUAGCUGUAAUGUCAUUUCUAGUGAAAGGAGGUACUUUAGUUUGCGUGCUGCACCAUCUGCUGAGGCAUGGGAUUAUCAACCAGCUACUGUGCAUGGAUAUCAGAUUGCAUCUUACCUUAAUCGAAUUGCUAAAGAUAGAAGCUCCAAUUGCUUGAAUGAUCAAAUUGAAUUACCAGCAUCAGAUUCUCCUGCCAUGGGCCCUACAAAUUAUCGAGGCUCCCUGGCUUCUGCAUUAAGGCAAAAAUCGCAAAAUGGGGUAACUCCUGCUCAGCCCCCUGGAUUUGAGAAUGUUGCAGUUGCUAGAAGUAGUGCACUACAAUCCGAAAGGUCUUAUCAUGACAAGAACUUAUCUGGGAUAAAUGAUAAUUCUGGGAUAUCAGUGAAUACAAAGAAGUAUCAUAGCUUACCGGACAUAUCUGGGUUCUCUGUUCCUCAUCGAGUGCCCGAGAAGAGUGGCCAGUGGGACAGUUCCAUUGGAUAUGGGUUGUCCAUUGGUCGGACAAAUUAUGGAACACCCAUGUAUUCAAAUGCUGGGUCAAGGGUAGGUGUUCCAUUUUCCUUUGAUGAGCUUUCUCAUUUAAAGGGUUAUAGAGAUGCUUUGCCUUUACAGUUGGGUUCAGGUUCUGGCACUGGGUCCCUUUGGUCUAGACAGCCUUUUGAGCAGUUUGGUGUAGCUGACAAAAGUCACACUGCUGGCAAUGAAGCAGUUGGAAGUGGGUUGAACUCAGUAACUCGGGAUACUGCUUCUGGUGUGGAUUUAGAGUCCAAGCUUCUUCAAUCUUUUCGACACUGUAUUGUAAGGCUCUUGAAAUUAGAUGGGUCUGACUGGUUGUUUAGACAAAAUGAUGGAGCUGAUGAGGAGUUAAUUGAUCGUGUAGCAGCAAGGGAGAGAUUUCUUUAUGAUGCUGAAGCUAGAGAGAUGAGCCAGGUUGUUCACAUUCGUGAACCUCAAUACUUGUCUUCUGAAAGGAGGUAUGGUUCUACACAGAAGAGUGAUGAGGCAAAUUUUGCCAACUUCUCAAUUUCAUCUGUACCUCAUUGUGGGGAGGGCUGUAUAUGGAAAGCGGAUUUGAUAAUAAGCUUUGGAGUGUGGUGCAUUCACCGGAUCCUUGAUCUUUCACUCAUGGAAAGCCGACCAGAGCUGUGGGGAAAAUACACAUAUGUGCUUAAUCGGCUUCAGGGUGUGAUAGAUCUUGCAUUUUCAAAGCCUCGAACCCCAAUGUCCCCGUGCUUCUGCCUUCAAAUCCCCCAGGAAUAUCAGAAGAGGUUAAGCCCUCCUGUUUCAAAUGGAAUGUUGCCCCCAGCUGCAAAACCUGGCAAGGGUAAGUGUACAAAUGCAGUCACGCUCUUGGAUAUGAUUAAGGAUGUUGAGAUUGCUAUAUCGUGCCGGAAGGGUCGAACGGGUACUGCUGCUGGUGAUGUAGCUUUUCCGAAGGGAAAAGAGAACUUGGCAUCUGUCCUUAAACGCUACAAGCGUCGAUUGUCCAGCAAAGCAUCCAAUGUUCCAACAUCAUGUACGAUGUUGGCUGCUUACAGUUCAUAGUUUUUGUUCCAGUUUCCUUCUACAGGUUCACAGUUAUCUAGCUGUUUGGUUUUCAAUGGCAGCUCAUUCAUUAGACCACUUCUCACAGGACUGUGAAAACCAACUCCUCCUUCCGUCCUUUUCUCUGUCUUGUGUAUUAAAAGCCAUUGCUGCAGUGUAUGUGAUAGAUACAUAGGAUAAAAGGUUUAUUGGAUAUGUUGUAAUUGCAGCAGAAAGAAUUAAGAAAAUGGGGUUCCAAGAAAGGCGGAAAUUGAUCUUAUAGCAAAUGUCAUUUUUAGUUACUAAAGUCGGACAGUCAUCCUUGGUUUAAUCUGCAAAAUUACAUUAGCUUGCAUUUGCAUUUUCAUGCUUUGGAGUUUUAACUAGUUGGAUUUAUAGCUCUUAGCUCAGAGAGGAUUUUUACUACUUAACCAGAAGUCAACAUUGAAUAAAUAAAAUGGGGCUACAUGACCGAGGGAGGACCUGAAAAGGCUAAAGGACUCUAGCUUUUAGCUUCAUUUUUAUUCAUUUGUUUGCAGCUGACAGUUUUUCCAGAUUCCUCUGUUGAAAAAUAGAAGACAAUCAAGCUAGUUCGUUGUCUGUCGAGAUCAAGGUGAAGAUCAUGGUUGCCCUUUUUUCAUUGAAAUCUCUAUUCCAAGAUGAGGUUAUGUUGUAGUGGUAUCUUUUCCAUUGAUCUUGUUUAUCUCCAAUCUUGCCCCUUCAUUUUAUCUUCCUGAAUCAUCCUAGGUUUGGAGUUGCAAAAAGUUUGGCUUUGUAUAAUACCAGUACUCUUACACACUUUGGUUUUCUUGUUACUUCUGUCUAAUAUUUCAUUCUCCGUGAUUCUUAGUUUCCAUUAAAUAAGAUUUUCUGGUUUUUAGUUUUA